CUAGCUUGAAUUCGAGAUGGUCGUGCUUCACGUCAAGCGAUCUUCUCCCAAAGGAGAAUUUCUCUUCGAGACCACCGUUGGUGUUCCGGUGAACGAUCUGAAGAGGCAGUUGGUGGAGCUUCACAAUAAGAGGAUCAAAUGUCUUCGUCUGGCUGAUGCCCUGAGGGAGUUGGCGAAGCACGGUCCUCUGAGACCAGAGGAGACUCGUGGUUUGAGUGAGGAUGUUGGCAAGAUGAGCCAUCUCGACGUCAAUGCAUAUGGCACGCCGACGGCGCCGGACGAGCAUGCUUAUCGCACUGGCUGCCCACCACCGGCUCAUGCUGCAGCAGUUUUAACACGUACGGCGGACGAAGCCUCGGCAGCUGUUAGUCAUAGCCUGGUGGCUCAUAGGAAGUCCCUCGAUCUUGCCACGAUCCAAGAGCAGCUCGACUGCAUGCAGGGUGCUGUUAUGAUCGCAUACCCUGCAUUCCAUCGACUGCCUAGUUUCGACCCUGCCAGAAUAGAACUGGAGAACGCCGAGGAUCCUGACGGUCAGUCGGAGAAUCAGGACGUAUUGGAGCCGGCGCAGUCCUCUCUUUGGUGGGCUGGUAAGGAAUUAGUAUCCGGCAAGACACUGUCCGACUAUAUUGGCACGAACGAGAAGACCAAGAUCAUCGUUAAACUGAUGGCGUCGUCGCAGGGAGCACCAGUGCGUGAGCCUCGAGUGGAUGAGGAGACUCAUAAGGCAAUGCUCUCCUACUAUUACAAGAAGCAGGAAGAGCAGAAGGCCUUAAAGAAUGAUGAAGAUGAUUCCUAUUUGACCAGCGAAUGGGCCAAUCCGAAAGCGCUGAAGGGUUCACUGGUUGGCGGUGGACGAGGUAUCAGCUGGAGGCCCCAUUGAUUGAAUUAACACCACCAACACUGCGAACCAG